GUUGUCAAGAGGAUCCCAGUGCUCUUUGCCGGAGGGAUGUGGAGGUGAUGGGGACCCGGGGAGGGUUUCUUGGAGUCUCUGUGGAGCCCCUGGGCCAGACCCCAUAGUGAAGGCUGCAGGAUCUUCCUUCAGGCCCCAGCAGCUCUGGUUGAGUCCACAGGUGCCCACCUGACCUCGGGUUCCUGGGAAGAGUGGAGUUGUCAGCAAGAGAGCCCGGGUGCUUAGGCCCAGGGGGAAGAUGCCAGCCAACAAGUGCGCUCCUGGGCCAUCCCUGGCCCUGACUACAGGGGGAUGUGACAACUCCUGUGAGGUGUCAGUGUCCUUUGAGGACGUGACUGUGGACUUCAGCAGGGAGGAGUGGCAGCAGCUGGAUUCUACUCAAAGGCGCCUGUACCAGGACGUGAUGCUGGAGAACUAUAGCCACCUCCUCUCACUGGGGUGUGAAAUUCCCAAGCCAGAGGUCAUCUUCAAGUUGGAGCGAGGAGAGGAGCCUUGGACGUUGGAGGAGGAAACCCCACAUCAGAGCUGCUCAGAUGGAAAGUUUGGGAUUAAGACCUCACAAAAAAGAAUUUCUGGAAAAGUUUCAUUUCAUAGUGAAAUGGAGGGUGAAGAUACAAGAGAUGAUUCAUUGUAUUCCAUUUUAGAAGAACUGUGGCACGGUGCUGAACAGAUAAAAAGCUAUCAGGAAAAACAGAACAAACCUCUGAGUCAUGCUGCUUUCAUCAAUAAGAAAAUAUUGAAUACAGAAUGGGAUUAUGAAUAUAAAGACAGUGGAAAAUUUGUUCAUCCAGGCCCAAAUCGUAUUCCUUCACAGAAAAGAUCCCAUAAACGUGACUCAUUUGGAAAGAGUUUAAAGUAUAAUUUAGAUGUACCUAUUCAUAAUAAAAACAAUGCAACAAAGAACUUUGAUAAAAUUAUUGGACACGGUCAAGUUUUCACCCAGAGCUCUUCUUAUACUAACCAUGAAAAUACACAUACAGGAGUGAAAUUCUGUGACAGCAAUCAGUGUGGCAAAGUCUUCAGCCUCAAACAAGCACUCAGUCACAAUCUGAAAUUUCCUGUUGGGGAGAAAGCAAAUAUGUGUACUGAACUUGGGAAGAUCUUCACCCAGAGGUCACACCUCUUUGCACCUCAGAGAAUUCAUACUACGGAAAAACCUCAUGGACUUAGCAAAUGUGUGAAUGUUUUUACACAGAAGCCACUACUCAGUAUAUAUUUGAGAGUUCAUAGAGAUGAAAAACUAUAUAUAUGUUCUGAGUGUGGGAAGGCGUUCAUCCAAAAUUCAGAAUUAAUUAUGCAUGAGAAAAUUCAUACUAGAGAAAAACCCUAUAAAUGUAGUGAAUGUGGAAAAUCAUUUUUCCAAGUGUCAUCUCUACUUAGGCAUCAGACAACCCAUACUGGAGAAAAACUUUAUGAAUGCAGUGAAUGUGGGAAAGGCUUCUCCCUGAACUCAGCCCUCAAUGUACAUCAGAAAAUUCAUACUGGAGAGAGACACCACAAGUGCAGUGAGUGUGGGAAAGCCUUUACCCAAAAAUCAACGCUCAGAAUGCAUCAGAGAAUUCAUACAGGAGAGAGAUCCUACAUAUGUACUGAAUGUGGGCAGGCCUUCAUCCAAAAGGCACACUUGAUUGCACAUCAAAGAAUUCAUACUGGAGAGAAGCCUUAUGAAUGCAGUGACUGUGGGAAAUCUUUCCCUUCUAAGUCACAACUCCAGAUGCAUAAGCGAAUUCACACAGGAGAGAAACCCUAUAUAUGCACUGAUUGUGGGAAGGCCUUUACCAACAGGUCAAAUCUCAAUACUCACCAGAAAUCUCAUACUGGAGAGAAGUCUUAUAUAUGUGCAGAAUGUGGGAAAGCCUUCACAGACAGGUCAAAUUUCAAUAAACACCAGACAAUUCAUACUGGAGAGAAACCCUAUGUCUGUGCUGAUUGUGGGAGGGCCUUCAUCCAGAAGUCAGAGUUAAUUACACAUCAGAGAAUCCAUACUACAGAGAAGCCUUAUAAAUGUUCUGACUGUGAGAAAUCCUUCUCCAAGAAACCACAUCUCAAAGUACAUCAGCGAAUUCACACAGGAGAGAAACCAUAUAUAUGUGCAGAAUGUGGGAAAGCUUUCACUGACAGGUCAAAUUUCAAUAAACACCAGACAAUUCAUACUGGAGAGAAACCCUAUAAAUGUAGUGACUGUGGAAAGGGCUUCACUCAGAAAUCAGUUCUGAGUAUGCAUCGCAAUAUUCAUACAUGAAAG